AAAAAAAAAAAUGCAUUUGUGUGUGAAUCAUCAUUUUCAUCGAACUAGUAAUCUUAGUAUAUCAUCAACAGCUUCAGAGUUCGUGGAUUGGUCAAAUAUCACCUUUGCACAUCUUGAAUGUUAUGUUGAUUUGUUUAAUGCAACUAUUAGCAGUAUUUUUGCAUACAUUAUUUUGUUAAUAUUGAUUUAUUUACGAUGUUCACGUUUACACAGUCAAUUGUUAAAUAAUGAUUAUUUAUUUCCAACACAUUACCUACGCGGAUGUUUUACUUCAUUACUGUUUUUGGCACACUUAUGUGAAUUAGGCGAUUCGUUAUUAUCACACUCAGGUGGUCACGAUAUUCUGGUUCCAUCGUCAGCAUUAAUUGUAUGGUUAGGUGAAUUUUUAUUGCAUAAUCGUAUUGAGCGUGCAAGACGUCCAAGAUAUUUAAUAUUUUCAACAAUAUUAUGGAUAUUAACACUGAUUGGUCGAUGUUUACGUUUAUACGUUAUGGUAUCAAUGUUACAUAACAAUGAUGAUAUUUAUGAAUGUUUACGAGUUUAUGUAACAAGUAUUACAAUGGGAAUAAUUCUAAUAUUAAUAAUUAUUAAUAUACAUACAAUAUAUUUUGAGAUGUGUACAAAAAUUUAUUUAAUCCAUGAACCAAUAUCACAAUACAUAAGUUAUCAAUAUUCUUAUGCAAAUAUAUUUUCAAAAAUAACAUUCUGGUGGCUAACACCAUUAUUAUGGGCUGGAUAUCGUGAACCAUUGGAAAUAAAUGACCUAGGAUUAUUACCAGAUGAGGAAAAAACAUCCAUACAAUUUCAUAAAUUUUACAACAUUUAUUUACAAGAAAAGGAAUUAAUAAAUUUACGGAAACAGUUUACUAAAAAAGUAUCAUUAUGGCGAUGCUAUAUAAAAUUUUGCUGGAAAAAUUUUUUAUUAGGUGGAUUAUUUAAAUUCUUUGGUGAUUGUAUGACUCUAGUUGGUCCAUUGGGUAUAUCAAUUAUAAUUGUUUAUGUAUCACAAAUUGGCAAUAAAAAUAAUUCUUUAAUUCUAAAUAAAUUUAUAACUAUUGAGGAGUUCUUUAAUAAUGGUUACAUAUUAGGUGUAAUUGUAUUUAUUGCAACAAUAUUACAAGGAACGUUAUCACAAAAUUCAACUCACUUAGUCAAUGUUGAAGGUAUUCAUCUAAAAACUGCAUUGCAAGGUAUGGUUUAUAAUAAAUCAUUAAAACUUUGCUCAUGGAAUAUAAUUCAAGAAAAUAAGGACAAUGAUGCAAAGUUGAAAGAAAAUAGUAAAAGUGGUGCAAACAAAGAUAAAGAUAAAUUAACAGAUGUUGGAACAAUUACUAAUUUAUUAGCUGAAGAUGCUGCAAACGUUAUGCAAUUUAUAAUGUUUGGACAUUAUACAUGGGCAAUACCAUUAAAGAUUGGUGUUCUGAUUUAUUUACUACAUAUGAAAUUGGGCUACAGUGCUGUAAUUGGUGCAUUUUUUUGUAUUUUGACAAUGAGUUUGUUACAAUUUUCGAUUGGGAAAAAACUUUCCGCAAAUUCUAAAAAAAUUUCAGAACAAAGUGAUGAACGUAUAAACAAAAUGAAUGAAACACUUCAAGGAAUAAAAUUAAUAAAACUGUUGGCUUGGGAAAAGCUACAUGAAAAUCGUAUACAAACUACAAGAGAAAUUGAAUUAAAAUAUUUGAAUAACGAAUCAAUUUACUGGGCACUAAUGACAUUCUUAACUCACUUCUCCAGUAUUCUAAUAACUCUGGUUACAUUUGGUGUAUAUUACAUAUUGGAAGAUAAAUCAUUAAGUCCAGAAGAUGCGUUUGCAGGCUUGGCACUAUUUAAUCAAUUAACUGUCCCAUUGUCUAUAUUCCCUGUUGCUGUUCCAAUUAUUAUAAAAGGAGUGGUGAGUACUAGAAGAAUUCAAGAGUUUUUAUACUUACCAGAAAUAAAAAAUACUGUUCCAAAUAAUGGCCAUAGUAACGCUGAGUUAAAAUCUGAAAAUGAUUCACCAAAACAUACAAAACAAAUGGUUUUUGGUUUAAAACAUAUUGAGGAAGACGAAGAAUCGCAAAACGAAAAUAUUUUUCCGAACCAACAAACGGUGGAUAGUGAAAACAUUUUAGAAAUUACAGACGGAACUUAUUCUUGGAAUAUGAAUGACAAAAUGACAUUCUCAAUCCCAAAGCUCACAAUUCCAAAAGGAAAAUUAACAAUAAUUGUUGGAAGAGUUGGAAGUGGGAAAACAUCACUUAUAUCCGCUAUGUUAGGGGAAAUGUACAAUUUAAGUGGUAAAAUUGAAUGGUCUAAAAAUGUAUCUGUUGCAUAUGUACCACAAAAGCCUUGGCUGAUAAAUGGUACAGUACGUGAGAAUAUAUUAUUUGGUGAACCAUUUCGACCACGACGAUUUGAACGAAUACUAUCCGUGUGUGCUUUAAAACAAGAUUUAGAUUUAUUACCUGGUAGAGAUUUUACUGAAGUUGGUGAAAAAGGAAUUAAUUUAUCUGGUGGCCAAAAGCAACGAAUAAACAUUGCAAGAGCAUUGUACUCUCAAGCAAAUACAAUUAUUCUUGAUGAUCCACUGUCAGCUUUGGAUUAUCAAGUUGGACAAGAUGUUUUUGAAAAUGGAAUACAAAGAAUGUUGCUACGCCAAAAGCGAACAGUAAUUUUAGCAACACACCGAUUACAGCUAGUACCAAACGCACACCGGGUAAUUGUAAUGGAAAAAGGAAAAAUUCGUGAACAAGGUACAUUACGUCAAUUAGAGGUUCGAGAUCCAGAUUUAACAAAUGAAUGGAGUAAAAUAAUGAAUUUAGGAACAAAUGAAAAUGAAUGUAAAUCAAAAACAGCUCGUGAUCGGUGGAAUCUAUUUCGUUUGGUAUCACGAAUUGGAAAUCAGUUAAAGCAUCGAAAUAGUGUACAUGGUACUUGGACAACCAGUGAAGAAACACAUGUGAGUCCAGCUCCAUAUCGUCCGUUGCGAAAACGACCCAAUUCAAUAUAUGGUUCUCGGCAUUUUAAUAUUGCACAUGAUUUACCACUACCAACCGAUGAAUGCGAAGAAGAAAUUAUCAGUGAUGAGCGUUUAACCCGCCGAAGAUAUAGAACUGCAUUUAAUAAUUUUAAUCAAUCUAAUCAAAAUGCAAGAGUAUCUGUUGUUUGGGGAUCGAAUAGUAAACUUCAUCGAGCUGCUACAAGAGCAAUAUCAUUACAAACUAAUCCUGUGAUAAAAGGUCGACCAGCCGUUAUUCGACAGUUUUCAACACCUAGUAUACAUCAUGAACCACUUUACUCAUCAUUGAGUCCACAAUUUAAAUCAAAACCGGGAGACUUUCAAGUAGGAAAAUUUACAAAAUUUUCUCGCCAUGGAUCUGAUAAAGCUGUCAAUUUAGAAAAAGAUGGUGAUUUAACAAAGAAGUUAGUAACAUCAAAUCAUAAUAAUUCAAUGCAUUAUGAUGAAAAUAAAGUGCCUAUCGGUCGUUUACGGAGUUCCGCAUCAGUUGGAAGUGAAGAUUUUGAUGAAAAUGAAUCAAUUAUAACUUUGGAUGAAAACGGCCAAAUUUUAACAAAUGGAGAGGAACGUACGUAUGGUCGCAUACCAAAACGUGUGUUUUGGGCUUAUAUUAAAGCUGGUGGAAUUUGUGCAAGUUUUAGUUAUUUAAUUUCGGCAUUAACAUGGCAAAUUUCACGUGUAUAUUUAGAUUAUUGGUUAAGCAAAUGGACUAGUCUAGAAGUUAAAUAUAAUGAUACUUAUAAUAAUACUCAAAUAUAUUUAGAAAAUACACCAUUUUAUUCCAAGACUGAAUAUUAUUUAUUAAUUUAUGCAAUAUUAUCAUUCAUAUCAGUACUAUUAUCAUUAGCAUCGAAUGGCUUAGGCCAAUGUUGUGGAGCAAAAGCACGAGAAUAUUUACAUGAUAAAAUGUUAAAAAACUUAUUGCGAUGUCCUAUGUCAUUUUUUGAGUCGACACCAACUGGUCGUAUAAUUAACCGUUUUUCAACAGAUAUGUCAUAUAUCGAUCAGAAACUUGCAAUAUCAAUUCAACGAUUAUUACAGUUUUUAUUCUUAUGCCUCUCAGCAAUAGUUGUAAAUACAAUUGUAACACCAUGGUUCUUAAUUAUUGCCAUACCAAUUUGUUUAAUUUAUUAUAUUGUACAAAAAUUCUAUCGAUGUUCGUCAAGAGAACUGCAACGUUUAGACAGCCUAACAAAAUCACCGAUUUUAUCACAUUUUUGGGAAACAUUAGGUGGAUUAACUACUAUUCGUGCAUUCGGACAUCAAAAUCGUUUUACAUUAUCAAUGUACCAAAAAAUGGAUAUUAAUUCAAAUGCAUUUUUAAUAUUAAAUACCAGUCGACAUUGGUUAGGAAUCUCAUUGGAUUAUUUAGGUGGUUUUAUUGUAUUAACUGCAAUUAUAACAUGCCUGUUGACAGCCCAAUAUUAUCCAAAUUAUAUAAAGCCAUCGUUAGUUGGCUUAGCAGUUAAUUAUACAUUGCUGAUACCUAUUUAUUUACAUUGGGUAGUCAGAUUUUUGACUGACAUGGAAAUGUACAUGUCAGCUGUGGAUCGUAUUGAAAAUUAUUCCGGAAUUCCAAUCGAGAAUUAUCGCCACGAAGGAGUUCAAUUACGCCGAAAUUGGCCAGAAAAUGGUGAUAUUGUAUUUGAAAAUGUCACUCUAAAAUAUAAGAGUCAAAUUGAGCCUGUGAUUUGUAACCUUAAUUUACGAAUACCAGCUGGUCAAAAGAUUGGAGUAUGUGGUCGUACCGGCAGUGGGAAAUCAUCAUUAAUAUUAUCAUUAUUUGGAAUGGUUGAUAUAUAUGAUGGUAAAAUAAAAAUUGAUAAUGUUGAUAUUAAUUCUAUACCAUUACAAAAAUUACGAUCAAAAUUAUCAAUAAUACCACAAGAAGUCAUUAUGUUUGGAGGAACUGUUCGUGAUAAUUUGGAUCCAAUGAAAUGUUUCACGGAUGAACAACUUUGGAGUAGUUUAGAAAUGGCACAAAUCAAACAAAUUGUAAUUGAUUACUUAGGUGGUUUAGAUGGUGAAAUUCGUGAGGGCGGUAGUAACUUAAGUUCUGGUCAAAAACAACUCUUAUGUUUGGCUCGAGUGAUUUUACAGCGAUCAGCUAUUACAGUAAUGGACGAAGCAACAAGUUCUGUAGAUUCGAUUACAGAACGUGCAUUUUUGCAAGCUGCAAAAAAUGCUUUUAAAAAUUCGACUGUAAUUACAAUCGCUCAUCGAUUAGAAAUGAUUUUGGAUUGUGAUCGUAUAAUUGUAUUAGAAAAUGGUCAAAUUAUUGAAGAUGGUUCCCCAGAGUACCUACAAAAUAAACCUGAUGGAAUAUUUUCCAAAAUGUUACAUUCAAAUAUUGCUUAAAAUAGCAAAUCGAAAAAAUUUUAAUUUUAUUUUGUUCAAUUUGA